GCCAGCCUGCGCCGUUACUCUCGGUACGUGUCGGUGAUUUAACGGCGGGCCGUCCGGAGCUGCGGGGACACGUUCAUGGAGGAAACGUGAAGCUUUACCGGACAGCACCGGAGGGGGGAGGAGGCGGAGGAGAACUUUUCCCGCGGUGUUGGCGCUGCAGGGUGAUGCGUUGGGAUGGAGGAGGUGGAGCACAGUCACUACGUCGCCCAGCUGAAGGCCGAGUUCGACAGCUGUGACACGACGGCCACCGGCUUCCUGGACAGAGAGGAGCUGACGGCGCUCUGCCGGAAGCUGCAGCUGGACGCUCACCUGCCGCUGCUGCUGGACACGCUGCUGGGAGAACGAACCUAUGCCAGGGUGAACUUUGAGGAGUUUAAAGAAGGCUUUGUGGCCGUCCUGUCUCGCUCCCUGGACUUCAGCACAUCGGAAGACGACAGCAGCUACCUGGAGCCAGUUGUUUCAGAGGAGGUGAAGCCAAAGUUCGUGAAGGGAACGAAGCGUUACGGCCGGCGCUCUCGUCCCGACAGUAAACCCGACGCUGCGCCGACCUGUGACUCGGAGGACUCGCUGCCAUCCAGAACUGAGGCCACAGACUCGUCGCCAGCCGGCGUCCGCAGGGCCAAACUGAGGCGGUCCACGUCUCUGGAGAGCGUCGAGAGCCUGAAGUCUGAUGAGGAGGCAGGAAGUCAGAAGGAGAACAGCCAUCCAGACUUUCAGUGUAAAGCUGCUCUGCAGGAGGAGGUGGAGCAGGGGACCGGAGGAGGGGACCAUGUCCUGACAGCACCUGGUCACCUGGGCCUGCAGCAGCUCAACGCAGAGGAACUGGACUCGCUGCUCAGAAAGCUGGACGCCGACUUGGACGGGAGAGUCAGUAUCAGGGAUUUUCAGAAGCUUCUCUGUGGCUCAGUCCCCAUCUCCUGCUCCACCCCCACCAGACCCACUGACCUGCAGAGGACGCCACACAGGUCUCAGUCAGUGUUAGAGGAGCGCUUGGCUCGCUCCACCUCGCCCUCCCUGCUGACGGCCACGGUGGGUCAGAGAGUCCUCAGCCGGCUGGACGACGGAUCAGGAUGCACCGGCCCCGAGCGGGUCAUCGCCCUGUGGACCGAGGAGGGCAUCAGGAACAGCCGGGACAUCCUGCAGACUCUGGACUUCCCUCUGGAGGAGCGUCUCAGCCUGGCGGACCUGACUCUGGCUCUGGACAACGAGCUGCUGGUCAGCGGGAACGGCAUCCACCAGGCGGCGCUCAUCUCCUACAAGAACGAGAUCCAACACCUGCAGGUGGUGGCUGAUCAGGCCUGCAGGGAGCGGGACAAGGUGAAAGCUGACCUGGAUCUGGCCGAUCAGAGGAACCUGCAGCUGGUCAGAGAGGUGGACGACCGCCACGCCAGCAUGGAGACGCUCAACCAGAGCCGGAUCAGGGACCUGGAGCAGGACUUCCGUGAUAGGCUGACGGCUCUGCGCGGUCAGUCGGAGCAGGAGAGCGAGGCUCUGCUCCAGCAGGUGGAGAGGGAGCGCGGCGCCAUGCAGGAGGAGGUGCAGCUGCUCAGAGCGCAGGAGGCGGAGCUGCAGGAGGAGCUCUGCUGCACCACGCAGGAGAACAGGCGUCUGGAGGAGGAGCUGAGUGCUGUGAAGCUGAAGCUGACUGAAGCAGAGAGCUCAGUGAGCAAGCUGCAGAGAGACGUGGACCAGCUGCUGCACGACAAGUUCGGCAGCUGGGACCCGGCUGGUGCUGGUCUGAGUCACGAGGAGCGAUUCUCAGAAAUCAUCAAAGAGUAUGAACUGCAGUGCAGGGAACUGCGGGACAGAAACGAUGAGCUGAGCUCAGAGCUGGAGCUGCUGAAGAGUCAGAGGAGCGACAGGAAGUCCAGAACAUCUGCAGGAGACGCCGCCGCGCUGAGCUGGACCGAACAGCGCUCAGUCACCGGGGAGUCUGACUCUGACGACUCAGACAUGAAGCGCAGCUCGUCUCCUGUGAUGAAGAAGAAACUGCAGCCGCCUGAUAAAACUGCCCUGUGCUCACUGGACAGUGUCUCUGGUCCUGUCUCUGGUCCUGCUGUCAGCAUUCAGACUGAACUGGCUCUGGAGCAGGUGAAGCAGAAACACAACCAGGAGCUGCAGCAGCUGCACAUCCAGCUGGAGACGCAGGUGAACUACUAUGAGCGCAGUCUGGAGCUGAUGAGGCAGAGCAUGGAGGUGGAGCGCAAAGACAUCUCUCAGGCCUUCAAGCUGGAGAUCAGUGAGCUGGAGGAGCAGAAGGCUCAGGCGGAGCAGCAGGUCAGGCAGCUGAAGGAGGCUCUGGACAAGCUCCAGACUCAGAUCCAACAUGGAGGAGGAGGAGGAGGAGGAGGAGGAGGAGGGGGGGGGUGGAGCAGCGAGCAGGAGCGCAGGGUGCAGCGGGAGCGGGCGGAGCUGGAGCAGAACUUUGCCAGAGAGAUCAGUAACCUGGUCCAGAGGCUGAGCGCCGAGAAGGAGCAGCUGGAGGCCGAGCUGAAGCUGAAGAUGGACCAGGAGGUGAUGCUGGUCAGGGAGGAGUCCGAGCAGCAGCUCUGUCAGAUGAAGCUGCAGCACGCCGAGGGUCAGCGCCGCCUCCUCCACCGGCUCCACCUGGAGCGCCAGCGGCUGCAGGAGCAGAGACGAUUCUGGGAGAGCCGGCUCGUCCAAUCAGAGCAGGAGAAGCUGCGGCGUGAGGAGCGAGCCGGGGAGGAGCAGGCCAGGAUCUGCAGCCAGCUCUCCUCAGAGAAGAAGAGGAUGGAGGAGCAGCACGAGGAGGUGGUCCGUCAGCUGACGGAGCAGAUCUCCAGCUUACAGGAGGUCAUACGGAGCUCCAGCCUGCAGAUCAGCCAAUCAGAGGCCAGUUUAGAGGAGCUCAGGGAGCGUUGUGGUCAGUUAGACGACGAUCUGAACGCUUCUCACGGGCGGUGCUCAGAGCUGGAGGCCCGGCUGGAGGAGGCCUGCACUCAGCUGGAGGAGAGCAUCACUGUCCUGGAGUCUAAUGAGGUUUUGAGUAAACGCCUCGCCUCAGAGAAGAGCUCGGUGGAGGAGGAGCUGCAGCUGGUGACGGCCAGAGAGGAGCGUCUCCUGGUUCAGGUUUCCCAGCUCAGAGAGCAGCUGGGAAACCUCCAGGCUGCGUCCGACAGCAUCGUGCAGGACCGGGAGCUGGUGGCUGAGAACUGCAGCCGCCUCUCCGAGACCUUCGUCCAGCAGCAGGCUCAGCUCAGAGCCAGAGACCAGACUGUCACCGCCCUGAGGUCUGAGCUGGAGAACCUGCAGGAGGCCAUGAGGACCAAAGCUGAAUGUGUCUCCAAACUGACGGCUGAGCUCGACCUGUUAAAGACGGACCGCGCGAGGCUGAUCCAAGAUCUGAAGGACCAGGCGAUGGCUGUGGACAACCUCCAGAUGGAGCUGGAUGGAGUCUCAGAGGAGUUAGACAGAAGGAGGAGGACAGAAGAGAGUCUGCAGGAGACUCUGAAGCAGGAGCAGACCAGGACCUCACAGCUCCAGCUCAGUCUGGAUGAGGAGAAGGACGAGGUCUGCCGUCUGAGCCAGGAGAACAGGAGCUACGCCCGGCUGGCAGACCAGCUCUCCACCCAGAUCGUGGAGAUGGAAGAAGAGAUCUCCACACUCAGAGACCACCUCAGAGACCUUAGCUCCCAGCUCAAUGAGACCGCAGACCUGGUCCUGGACCUUAGGAGGCAGCUCAACUCAAAAACUGGCGAAGUGGAUCGGCUUCGGGCCGAGGUGGCAGACAGCGCCGAUCUCUUACGGCAAGCCAAGUCCUCCUCUGAGAAGCACUCCAGCGCCGUUCAGCAGAUGACCGCUGAACUGGAAGCCAAGGGCGGUGACCUGGACCGGGCCAGAGAGCAGGUCCUCCAGCUGCAGCAGGCCCUGCAGGACUCCUGGGACCAGCUGAGGACGGCGGAGGAGGACUUUGAACGGGAGAAGAAGAGGAUGACGCAGCAGCUGAUGGAGCUGGAGAAGCUGGUCCUGGCUCUGGAGGAGGUGAUGGACACAGCCAGUCCACACAGGACUCAGCUGGACGGGGUUCGAUCAGAGGACGCAGCUCUGCAGGACAGGCUCAGCGUCCUGCAGCAGGAAGUCCAGAGCCUGGAGGACGACGUCGCCAAGAAGAGGAGGAAACUGGAGGAGAUGGAGAGAGAGCACGAGAGGAGCCGAGAAGAAGAGGAGAGGCUGCACAAAGAGAACUCCAGGUAUCGAGAGGAGGUUCUGGAUCUGAGCAGCAGGAACCUGCAGCUCAGCAACAACAACGCCGAGCUGAGCGCCCGCCUCCGCGGAGAGCAGGAGUCGGUCCGGAUGCUGCAGGAGCGCCUGGCGACCGUCUCCAAGGAGAAGGAGGAGGAGGGAGCUACGGUGCGCCGGCUGCAGGAGGCAGCGAUGCAGCAGGAGCGGGAGAAGCUGCAGCAGGCGACGGGGUGGACACAGGAGAGACAGCUGCUGGACAGAGAGCUCAGCUCCUGCAAGGACAAGCUGGGCCGUCUGUCGGAGCUGGAGGCAGAGCUCAGCGCUGUGACUCUGAAGCAGCAGUGGUUGGAGGAGGACAAGGCCAAACUGCUGAGAGACGCAGAGGACCGAAACAACAAGGUGGAGAAGCUGCAGCAGUCUGUUCUCUCCCUGGAGUCGGAGGCCGAGCGGCUUCGCUCUCAGCUCCACGCCGUCAAUCAGGAGAAGCUCAGCCACGCCCAGGAAGUAACUGAGCUGCACAGGAAGCUGCAGGACUCUCACAACAAGGUGGAGGAGCUGGAGACCAGCGUCAGGAGGGUGAUGCGGGAGAAAGAGGAGUUGUGUCAGGCCCUGGAGGAGCAGCAGGAGCAGGCCUCCGUCACUCUGCAGGAGGAGACCCACAGACUGAGAGUCCAGAACCAGGAGCUCCAGCACAAGCUGUCAGAGCUGCAGGUCCAGGGUCUGCAGGUCCAGGAACUGACCCAGGAGCAGCAGAACCUGAAAACCAAACUGAACAAACUGGAGACGGCGCGGACGCAGGCUGAGGACCAGGCUGUCCGGGCGGACGCGGCUCUCACUCUGGUGCAGGCGCAGCACGUGCGGCAGCUGCAGGAGCUGCAGGAGCGGGCAGGGGACAGCCACAGGGAGCAGGUGGAGCUGCUGCAGGCCCGGCUGGGGGAGGAGCAGAGGAGGAGUCAGCAGCUGGAGGAGACACUGAGGCUUCAGGCCCAGCAGAGCAGCUCUCAGAUCAGCAUCAAGCAGGAUCGGUAUGAGAAGGCGAUGGCCUCCUUGCAGCAGAGGAUGGAGGAUCUGGAGACCAAACUGAGGGGGGUCCAGAUGGUUCUGCAGGAGAAAGUCCAGCAGCUCAAAGAUCAGCUGGCGAAGAACUCGAAGCUGAGCGCGCUGCUGAAGGAUCUGUACGUGGAGAACUCUCAGCUGGUGAAAGCUCUGCAGGUCACUGAGCAGCGGCAGAAGCACGCAGAGAAGAAGAACUUCCUGUUGGAGGAGAAGGUCAACGCCCUCAACAAGCUGCUGAGAGAGAUCGUCUCCGUGUCGCUCGCCACAUAGCUGCGGGACCAUGAACCCAGGGCCGGGGUCCCAUCAGCAGCUGCUCUGAGAUCAGAUCACUAAAGCAGCUUCAGGGGUUAGCCUAGCUUAGCACAAAGACUGGAAGCAGAGGGGAACUGUUAGCAUAGCCGCCAUCAAAAUAAAAGAGCUCCACCGUCCGACAACUCCAGAACAGGAAGGUCCAGACACACUGCAGGUCGUUUGGUGUGUCAGGUGACACACACACACCAGCUGUUCCUCUGUGUUCUAACACAGGUGUUCAGAUAUUUACCUGUUCAUACCUGGUUCUCGUGAGAACAUGGAGCCUCAGAAGAUGAAGUAUUGUCUUUCUGGGACACGCUGCAGUGGAAUGUGACACAAGGCUCCACCUUCCUCAUGUUAUCGCAGGUGAAGACGAGGCACAGCUGGGUCUGAUCCUCCUCUGUGACUCAUCUGUGAAACGUCUUCACUCAAAAUUAAAACUUUAAAUAUCAUUUUUUUCCAUAAAUUAAAAAAUUGUUUACAACAGAUUUAAAUCAAAUUCCAACUUUACACUAUCUUGUCCACACUGCACUCCAGGUGAGACACUGAUGACUCAGCUCAGGUGAAGGUGGGUCACCAGCUGGUGGGCGUGGCAUUUUGCUUGAGUCAUCCCUGUUCUCACCUGUAACGACGUCUGUUCGACAGGUGAAUGUUUGUUCUCCUCCCUGAAGCUGAUUUAGAGAAACUGAACGUUUGUUUCCAGAUGAAGGAAAACGAGUCUGACCCCACACACACACACACACACACUCUCUCACUCACACUCACACACACACACACACACACACACACACACACUCUCUCACUCACACACACACACACACACACACACACUCACUCACUCACUCUCUCACUCACACACACACACACACACACACACACACAAAAACACACAGUCCUGUUUGUUAAACAGGUCGGCACUACUCUGAAGUAUUUCAGCGAUGAGGGUAUUAUGUUUCUUUAAUUUCUAUAUUUUUAUUGUUAUUGUCACAGUAAGACUUUUAUUUUGUGAAGGUCGCGUCGGGGUCAUGAAGUUCUGGUGUCCAUUGUCCUGAUCAUGUCCUGGUUUGUGUUUCUGUCCUCAGAGUGAGACGUCCCGCUCUGCUGUUACUUUCUGCCUGUUCAGUUGCAACAAACCAAAUCUCACCUGUGUGAGCCUCACCUCGUUACCCUGACACUGAUGAUGAUGUGACAUGAAAACCACAUUAAAUGAUGU